AUGGCCGAUGUAACCGCAGAAUGUAAUAUCAAAGUGUUGUGUCGCUUUCGCCCCCUGAAUCAAUCGGAGAUUCUGCGUGGGGAUCAAUUUAUCCCUAAAUUUCAAGGAGAUGACAGUGUCACCGUUGGGGUAAGGCGCUUUGUUUCUCAUAUGCUCAUUAAUAAAUAAUUAACCUGUUCUGUUUUCGUUUGGACUGCCAAUAAUAACAAUGAUUUGUGAUUGAAAUUAGGCCCUACCUGAUUAUUUACAGUCAUUAUUACUGCGUAGCCUAGCCUGUAAAGGUCAAUGUGAUUCUAUUCAGUAAGGCAUCCGUUGAGCAUUCAGUGCAGUGCAGUUGGUCACGUUUUAUUUACUGCAGUUUCAUCGGGCCCCAUAUUCGAUACCAACUUACUUUCCUUGCUUAGGCUAUGUAUAACACAAAUUAAAACGGCCUCCACAUACUACAGGCCUAUAUGGAUGAUCUACAUAGCCUGCCUAUAAUAUUUAUUUGAUUAUCGGAGAUGUUCAGGAUAAAACAUUCAGGCUGCUGUUAUUCGUGUUUGAAUGAUUUGGUUAGUAGGUAAUGGCAAUGGUACAUUAGAUGUAUGGUACGGGGAAUGUAGGUACUGUAGGCACCUUACCAAUGCCACGUACAUACACCACAGUGUCACUUAGCUUAAUCAGUCCCUCUUCAGAGAGGUCUACAAGUCUGAAUGGGUCAGGGCCAGGACAGAGUGGAAUGAGAGAGUGGAUUCAUUUAGAGCUUAACUAAGGAUGUUAAUGGAAACCUUAGACUGACCUCUUCAGUCAUAAUUCUUAACAAUGGGCCAAGAACCUGUUCUCUUAUUGCAUAUGGAGGAGAGGAUCAAUAAUCAUUCUACUGAUUAGAACUGAUCCACUCUCCUCUGUGCCGGACUGACUGCCUCUAUUUGGACAAUGAUUUUGUCAUGGGGAUGCAUCUGUAGUGCUAGUGAUUUGAAUGGAUCAUAUACUCUUGUUAUGUUUUUCUAAAAUGAUUGACAUUCAAUGGCCUACAAUGCAAGUUUGAAUGAUCCUCUAUGCAUUCUGAAUGAUUUCCCUAUUUGAAGACCUGCCGUGUUAAAAUUCAGUCUGAGUCAAGCUCGUGGCCAUGUGUCAUCUGCUUCAGUCAAUGAUAGCCUAUAUGACAUCAUUUCCUAAAGGCUUAAAUGACUAGCAUGUGGCAAAGGCAAAGAGAAAAUACAGGGUUGCAUUCAAGAUCACAUCAUUGUGAAAUGAUUCUAAAUCUUUUUGGUAGCACUGACCAGAUUAAAUAGUAUGUCCUCCAAGCUCUAUCCUAGGACAUUUUGGAAACAGGAUUAUUUCUGUACGGUUUUGGUUUUGGUCCUUAUUGUCUCUGGCCUUUUUUCAUCUGUUCCUUUCAUUUAUUCAGUGAUUGACAAACAUAUAUUGUCUAUCACUAUCUGUAAAUAAGGAACCAAGAGCAAACUUGAUUGCAUUUCCAUUGUUUGUUUGUUUGGGAUAUACAGUAUAAAUGAAAUAUCAAUGCUAAUUGGAAAGAAAAAUGGAGACAAGAAAAUGUCCCUCAUUAUAUUCCUAGUCAGUAUGUCUAGGCUCUAUCUGGCUUCAUCUUGGUCUGUGUAUUCUAAGUUAUACCUACAAUUUUUGGUUUACAAAAUGACCUAAUCUCUUUGUGUCUCCCAGGGGCGGUCUUAUGUGUUCGACCGGGUUUUUCCCACCAACACCACUCAGGAGCAGGUCUACAAUACCUGUGCUAAGCAAAUUGUCAAGGGUAAGGACUAGAUACUGUCAACAAUGGCAGAACAACAUCCACAUGCAGUCUAUAGAGGUGUAUUAGAGAGAUAAAAGAGAAGUCGACAUGGGGUUCUGACUCAUCAAUUGAUUAAAUCAGUCGGUGACAUCACACAGUAUUACUUGCUGCCUUUGUUUCCCAUAACUGUGUUCAUAUUAAAGGUUGUUGGUGUCUUUCUUAUUUUCAAACUUGAAGGCCUGAAGAAAUUCUUUAAUUUGUAUAAUUUCCUCAAAUUAUCUUGGUUUCCCUCUGUUUAUAUAGAUGUGCUAGGUGGAUACAAUGGCACUAUUUUCGCAUAUGGACAGACCGCCUCUGGCAAGACUCACACCAUGGAGGUACAGUGGGAGUCAUUGCAAUGAUGAAAAAAACUAAUAUACAUCAUCCAGUAUUUUAAAAUACUUUUUAUCUUCUGAAAAAGUGAUGAUCUCGCAUUAUGAAAUAACUCCAUAAAUCAGCAUAAAUAUGGCUUCAGUUUGGUUUCAAUCAAAGUGUAAUACCCCAGAUAUUGCUUUGGGGGCAUUUGUACCCCAUCUAGUAAAUAGUAUUGGAAAAACACUGCUAGUAAUGAUAUGAGGAUUUUAAUAUUCAUACAAUGUAUAACAGGUAUUAACCUCCCAAACACCAGAGACUGACUGCAUAGUGUGUCUUUCUAGGGAAAGCUGCAUGACCCCAAUCAGAUGGGCAUCAUCCCCAGGAUUGCAGAGGACAUCUUCAACCAUAUCUUUGGCAUGGAUGAGAACUUGGAGUUCCACAUUAAGGUUUGGGUUCAUCUCCAUCUCCUCAUCCAAAUGUUGGAUGAUUAGAGGCUUUCUAUGAGUCAUCAUCCAUUAGUAUACCACAAUGACUCAGUGGCAAUAAGUAUUGCUCUUACAUGGAGCCACAGCAUGUUUGACCUUUGAUUGUGAUUAUUUUCUCUUUUCUCUUUCCUCUACUAAGGUUUCAUAUUUUGAAGUCUAUAUGGACAAAAUUCGGGAUCUUUUGGAUGGUUUGUACACAGUUUUUCUAAAUGUUAUUUACCAAGUCCACAUCCAAUGCCAUUACUGAGCCAAAUCUUCUUCAAAGACUGUCUGCUCUAAAGGUUAUUUCUUUCUCUUUUAGUGACCAAGACUAACCUGGCUGUUCAUGAGGAUAAGAACAAGAUCCCAUAUGUAAAGGUGGGUUUACUAAGGCCAACUAUCACUAACUACACCAACAUCUGUUUAUAACUGUGCAUUAGAUUCUACAAUAACAAAGGAGCAUGCAUAUUCAUUAUUAACCCUUUAUUAUCUCACUCCUCUAUCAUCCCUCCCCCUUCCCCACUCCCUGUGAUGUAGGGUUGCACCGAGCGCUUUGUCUCCAGCCCUGAUGAGGUCAUGGAUGUCAUUGACGAGGGGAAGAACAACCGCCAUGUAGCGGUGACCAGUAAGCCUUCAGAAUGUUUCUUUCCACCCCUAUCCAUCUAAGCAGAUAUCCAGUGCCGUGUUUUUCUUCUAGCAGGAGAGUUGCAUGGUUAGUGAAGUGUAUCGUGACAGUUGGGCCAUGUGGCUCGUUAUGGCUUAUAUAACAUUACUUCUUCCCACUUGUAUUCUACUUACAAGCAGCAUCUCUACGUAUAUGGAGGACCUUCUCAAUUACAAGGGUCCAACUGGGUGUCUGCUGGCUAAUGUAAUGCUGACUCACUGUAGCAUAGUGAAAACACUGUAAUGGGCUCAGGUCUGCUGAUAUUGAGUUCAAUAAGAUAGGAGCAGCUAAACAACAUGAGCCCUUAUUCUGGGCACUGUAGGUUGCAUCAGGAGAAGGACGCCGAUAUUGGUCCUAUCCUGAAAUUGUUUUUAUAGAGUACAUUGCGUACGCUAAUUUGCAUCGUAUAUCAGUGAGAAACUUGCAUUAUUGAUCCAGAAAAGCAUUGAUUCUGCCCAUCAAAAUAAACAAAACACACGUAAAUCCCUUUAUACACUGUAGGCUUAUAUUGUGCGAAGAUGCUCAUUCGACUCCAUGAUGUUCUCUCUCCUCAUAGACAUGAAUGAGCACAGCUCUCGCAGUCACAGCAUCUUCCUGAUCAACAUCAAGCAGGAGCACACGGAGACAGAGCAGAAGCUGUGUGGGAAACUCUAUCUGGUGGACUUGGCUGGUAGUGAGAAGGUAAGACCUGUCUGUCUGUCUGUCUGCCUGUCUGGUUUACCUGGCUGGGCUAAGGUGAGAGAGACUAUGGACCACUAAAGCCAUUGUAGCAGCAUCGGCAGCAGCAUUUCUCAUAAUCAAGAGAUGAUGUAGGUCCCCUGUAGCUCAGUUGGUAGAGCAUGGCGCUUGCAACGCCAGGGUUGUGGGUUCGUUUCCCACGGGGGGCCAGUAUGAAAAUGUAUGCACUCACUAACUGUAAGUUGCUCUGGAUAAGAGCGUCUGCUAAAUGACUAAAAUGUAAAUGUGUGUUCACACAGUGUGUGUUCAUACAGAGUGCUAAACGGUGUCUGGAGUGAUGAUCUUCUGUCGUCAGGCUUGAUGAUGUGAAUCACCAUCACACUGAGAACCUAAAACACACUGCAGGAAUGAUUAUUGCAGGCUGUUCCUGUCAAACCACCAAAGCUUUCUUUAUCAAGGGCAGAGUUUGGUCUGGUAAACCUAGCCUUAAUGUUAAUGUAUGUAUGGAGCUAUGUCUUCAAGGACACUGGCAGAUUUGAGUGACCUUUCCAUGGGUCAUUAAGUCACAGUCAGUAAUUCAGUUUCUCCAUCUCUCUCUCCCUCCCUCUCUCUCUCUCUCUCUCUCUCUCUCUCUCUCUCUCUCUCUCUCUCUCUCUCUCUCUCUCUCUCUCUCUCCCUCUCUAUUUCUCCCUCUCUCUCUCUCUCUCUCAGGUCAGCAAAACUGGUGCUGCGGGCGCCGUACUUGAUGAGGCCAAAAACAUCAAUAAGUCUCUGUCCGCUCUGGGCAACGUGAUAUCUGCUCUGGCUGAAGGGACGGUGAGUCCAGUACACAGCCGUGCACCUUACUCAUCAUUCAUUCCAGCACCUCCAGACCCUCCACACAUCCAUCAGUAUCAACUUACUGCACAUUCAUCUCCAAGCCACGAUGCCAACCCAACCCAUGGACCUGCUAAUGAAAGCUCACCCCCACACAACUCUCAAUGCCAACCCAGCUGAAGCCUAGUCAAUGCCAACUCACCACACACCACAAUGCCAACCUUCUCCUGACCUUACUCUGCCAGCAAGGUUAACUGAAUGCUGCAUUCGUACUCCUACUUGCCUGUCUCUUACUCACUUGAUCUCUUCUUCCUCUGUUUUGUUUGGCAGAAAACUCACGUGCCAUACCGUGACAGCAAGAUGACCCGUAUUCUGCAAGACUCUCUGGGGGGAAACUGUAGGACCACCAUGUUCAUCUGCUGCUCCCCCUCCAGCUACAACGACGCCGAAACCAAAUCCACCCUGAUGUUCGGACAACGGUAACAAACACUCAGCCCACUCUGUCUUCUCCCUACAUUGACAAUGUACUCAUUUAACAGGUUCUACUCAAAAACGGCCAAUGUGUUAUCAUGUCCGUAGUCAAAGGAUUUUGCAUACAGUAUUUCCUUAACCCAUAUUCAUAAUCUCUUGCUCCAGAGUAAAUAUACAGUAUAUACUGUAUAAUCCUGUAUUAUAUUAUAACCAAUAUAAUGAAUCAAAUAUGUGACUGCAUCAUCAUGGCAUUAACCCCCAUACCCUCUACCUUCGCAGAGCUAAGACCAUCAGGAACACGGCGUCCGUCAACCUGGAGCUGACGGCCGAUCAGUGGAAGAGGAAGUAUGAGAAGGAGAAGGAGAAGAACAAGACCAUGAAGGAGACCAUCCAGAGGCUGGAGGCUGAGCUCAACCGCUGGAGGAACGGUUAGACUUACUGAGAGAUAAAAGAGUUUACUGGAGUGAACCUUUCUAUAGGUCAUAAUUACAUUCCUAGUUUAUUACAUUUGUUUCUUGUUAAUUACUGUUUUUUUUCACAAUGUUGAUUAAUUUACAGUCUUAAUAUACUUUGCCUUGCAAAAUGCUUGCCUUGCAUAUUUUUGAUAUGCCUAUAACUCUGUUUACCUAAGGUUGGGAGCAAGGCACAUUGUGUCAGCACACUUACACUACCGGUCAAAAGUUUUAGAACACCUACUCAUUCAAGGGUUUUUCUUUAUUUUUACUAUUUUCUACAUUGUAGAUUAAUAGUGAAGACAUCAAAACCAUGAAAUAACACAUAUGGAAUCAUGUAGUAACCAAAAAAGUGUUAAACAAAUCAAAAUAUAUUUUAUAUUUGAGAUUCUUCAAAUAGCCACCCUUUGCCUUGAUGACAGCUUUGCACACUCUUGACAUUCUCUCAACCAGCUUCAUGAGGUAGUCACCUAGAAUGCAUUUCAAUUAACAGGUGUGCCUUGUUAAAAGUUAAUUUGUGGAAUUUAUUUCCUUCUUAAUGAUUUUGAGCCAAUCAGUUGUGUUGUGACAAGCUAGGGGGGGUAUACAGAAGAUAGCCUUAUUUGGUAAAAGACCAAGUCUAGACAGAUUAAUAGGAAGUCCAUUCUCUUAAGAGCUGACAUAGACUGCUGACCCAUCAUCUCCUUUCUCCAUCCUCUCCACUCUUCAUGCUCCUCCAGGGGAGAACGUUCCUGAGACGGAGAGGACCACUGCUGACGUGGUGCGUCUGGAGUCGGUGGAGGAGCGGAGCCCCAUGAUGAUCCUGGACAACGACACCUCCUCCAUUGUGGUGCGCAUCUCCGAGGAGGAGCGUCAGAAAUACGAGGAGGAGAUCCGCAAGCUCUACAAGCAGCUGGACGACAAGGUUAGUGCCUGUUCAAACACACACAUGUACGCAAACAUACACACUCAUUGGAGGGUAUGGAUAUAUACACAUGCACACACUGUAUACAAAAACCCCAAGUAGACCAGUAUCCUUAAAAACAAACAGUACAGUGUCCUCAAUUGAUUUCCACCAGUAGACCGAGUGACCAUAGUGUGUGUGUGUGUCUCCACAGGAUGAUGAGAUCAACCUGCAGUGCCAGUUGGUUGAGAAACUGAAGGAACAGAUGCUGGGUCAGGAUGAGGUGAACACACUCUGUUCCCCACUCUGUCUGUAUCUCUGUCCAGGCAUCUCUCGGCCAUGCAAAGGUCUUAUUCACAAAUGUAUUGUGAUACAAAUCAUGAUGAUCCUGAAUCUAAACAUGUUGAUAAUAUACAGUAUAAUGGUAGAAUACAGUGCUCUUUGUGUUAUGGACACUAGGGGGAGUAGUGGUAGAGGUGACGUUUAAUGGGGAUUCAAUGUCAGUGCAUGUGCACAAGGUCUAUACAGAAAGUAGUAGAAUUAUAACCAAGCAAACAAAUAGCCUGGAAUCCUUUCCAUAUCCUCCACAAAUAUAUGUGAUCAUCUGAUACAUUUGACUGUAUAAGCCAUUUCCAACCCUUUCAGUUAGCCGGCAAAUCUCUUUCAAUAGAUCAGUUGUCAUGGCAGCAACAGGGAUGACUCUGUGCCAGUUCUAAAUCUAGGCCAUCUGUGUGUGUCUUGUGUGUAGUUGUGUGUGUGUACUGUGUGUGGUUGUGUGUGAAUAUGACUUAUAUUGUGUGUUGCCUGUGUGUCUGUGUACUGUGUUCCUACAUAUGAUCAUGUUUGUGAGGCUGCGUUUAUGUGAUCGUCAUCUCUCUCUGGCUCUCACUUUGUGUCUUCUAGCUGCUGGCAUCUUCUCGUGGGGAUGGGGACAAGGUGCAGGCAGAACUAGGCCGUCUGCAGGUGGAGAGCAACUGUGCCAAGACAGAGGUGAAGGAGGUGCUGCAGGCCCUGGAGGAGCUGGCCAUCAACUACGACCAGAAGAGCCAGGAGGUGGAGGAAAAGGGCCUGCAGAACCAGCUGCUGGCCGACCAGUUGGCCCAGAAGAUGGUGGGUCAGCAGGGCAUAGAAAUACAUGACACAGAGUGGACACAAAUUCUACUAUGAACUUAUAUAAAGUCUUGUAUGAAGUCUAUAUGGUCUUUAUGGAUUCUUUGCUCUACUUGAAAUGACCAGCGAUCUGCCAACGUGGUGGCAUAACUUAGCUGACAUUUUUGUAUAAGUAAAUCUGUAGCCUCUGUCUCUCAUUUAUUAAUCUCAUCCCUCUCUGCUUCCAUCCUGUCUCCUGUGCAGGCCAGUCUGAUGGAGCUGGAGGCGGAGCUAUCCCACAUGCAGGAAGUGAGUGGUCAGCAGAGGAAGCGCAUUGCUGACGUCCUCAAUGGCCUGAUGAGGGACCUAAGUGAGUUCAGCACCAUUGUGGGCAACGGGGAGAUCAAGCUGGUGAGUUAUUUACAUCUCAUACUGCUCUCCUCUGGAACUACUGAGAGGUAGAACAAUUAGGUAGAUGGGUAGCAGAUGAGGCUGGUGAGGGGAGGACGGCUCAUAAUAAUGAAUGGAAUGGAGUGAAUGGAAUGGUAUCAAACACAUGGAAAACCAGGUGUUUGAUGUGUUUGAGACCAUUCCAUACAUUAUGUUCCAGCCAUUACAAUGAGCCCGUCCUCCCCAUUUAAAGUGCCACCAGCCACCACUGAUGGGUAGAGAGAGAGGUUUUGUAUACAGUAUUCUCUUCAGCUUAGGAGCCACCGCCCCAUCUUUAAAAUCCACCCUGUCCGCCCCCUCUCUCAUCCCUGCAUCUCUCUCCCUCCAUGUGCCUUUCUUUCAAUCCCUCUCUCUCUCUCUCUCUCUCUCUCUCUCGCUCUCUCUCUCUCUCUCUCUCUCUCUCUCUCUCUCUCUCUCUCUCUCUCUCUCUCUCUCUCUCUCUCUCUCUCUCUCUCUCUCUCUCUCUCUCUCUGCUGUAGCCGGUGGAGAUCAGCGGGGCAAUCGAGGAGGAGUUCACUGUGGCCCGUCUCUACAUCAGUAAGAUCAAGUCGGAGGUCAAGUCCAUGGUGAAGCGCUGUCGCCAGCUGGAGAACUUGCAGCUGGAGUGUCAUCGCAAGAUGGAGGAGACGGGCCGCGAGCUCUCCUCCUGCCAGCUCCUGAUCUCACAGGUCAGCCUGGGCACCUCAGUAUACAGAUCAAUACAGAUCAACAUCACAACCAGCUAGAAUGUCUAUACUAUACACAGCAUAUAUAUAAAAAUACAUAGGGUAUGUCGAUACCAUGUAUACAUACAGUAGAUACACUUUACCACUGCACACUAUGAAAACAUUCUUCCCUCAUGUCAUUUUCAAACUUUAUAGACUUUGUACAGUUUAUAAACUGUAUAGAUGGGAGUGUAGUGUGUCACGUCAGCUGAGUGACUCUGUUUGGGGUGUUCGCAGCAUGAGGCGAAGAUCCGCUCUUUGACGGAGUACAUGCAGAGUGUAGAGCUGAAGAAGAGGAUGCUGGAGGAGAGCCAUGACUCCCUCAGCGAGGAGCUGGCCAAGCUGCAGGACCCAGGUAACACAUCACUAUAUACCUGUAACACACCUGUACAUACCCUCCACCCUCACAUCAGUCAAGCUACAGGACCCAGGUAACACACCUGUACACACCAUCCACCCUCACAUCAGCCAGGCUACAGGACCCAGGUAACACACCUGUACACACCAUCCACCCUCACAUCAGCCAGGCUACAGGACCCAGGUAACACACCUGUACACACCAUCCACCCUCACAUCAGCCAGGCUACAGGACCCAGGUAACACACCUGUACAUACCCUCCACCCUCACAUCAGUCAAGCUACAGGACCCAGGUAACACACCUGUACACACCAUCCACCCUCACAUCAGCCAGGCUACAGGACCCAGGUAACACACCUGUACACACCAUCCACCCUCACAUCAGCCAGGUUACAGGACCCAGGUAACACACCUGUACACACCAUCCACCCUCACAUCAGCCAGGCUACAGGACCCAGGUAACACACCUAUACACACCCUCCACCCUCACAUCAGCCAGGCUACAGGAUCCAGGUAACACACCUGUACACACCAGACCCAGGUAACAGAGCUGGACACAUCAUCCAUUCUCACAUCAGCCAGGCUGCAGGACCCAGGUGGAAAAAAACAGAUCUUAUAGAUCUCUCUCUAUUUUACAGAUAACUCUCUGCUUGAAGAGAAGGAUGGAGAGAAGGGUGAAACCGAGGAGGGUAACGUCAAGGUAAACAUGCAUUCCAAUAAUGCUAAUUAUGUCACCCAGUAAUGACUGAAAUAAAAUGAAACUGACAGUGUGAUUUUCCUCAUUGUGUGGUGGUUCAGAAGGUUCCUCGGCAGCAGGGGGAGUCUCACCGUGGUCUGCACCACAAGCAGAUGGCCCGUCUCCGGGAUGAGAUCAACGAGAAGCAGAGGAUCAUCGAUGACCUCACUGAGUCAGUGUCAUCAAGACUACUGGAACCCUCUACGUUUAUGUGCCAUUGAUGAGAUAAAAAUAAAACAAUGAUGAAAACAUUCACUUCACUUUAAAAACCUUGAACACUCUCUCUCAUUAAACAUGAUAUUAUCUGUCUCUCUCUCUCUCAGCCAUAACCAGAAGCUGCAGAUUGAGUUGGUUCAGGUGCUUGCCGACUUUGACCAUCUGAAGAGCGUGGACAGCAGCAAGAGCGAGCGGCUGGAGGAGCUGUCGUAAGUCUGAACACACACAUUAACACACGCACACACGCAGACACACACUGACACAAUGUGAACUCACUUCACAGUUUAACAAAGUUAAGAAAUGUGUUCUGAUUUUUAUGUUGCUGAUGAUGAUGUGUUUCCUCUUCCUGUCAGAUUUCUACAUGAACGCCAUGAGCAGACCAAGCAGGACCUCAAAGGGCUGGAGGAGACCGUCGUGAGUGGCCCUCUCUCUCUUACCCUCCUUUCUUCUUCUUUCUCUCCCUCAUUCCCCCUAUGUCCCUUUUCUUGCCCCAUCUCCCUCUUUCUUCUCUCUCUGCUUUAACUCCUCUUUUCUGCACCUUUUCCCUAUUUUUCCUUCUUUGACUUAUUUUCUUCUACAUCUUUGUUUUUCAGGCCCGGGAGCUCCAGACCCUCCACAACCUGCGCAAGCUGUUCGUUCAAGACCUCACGUCGCGGGUUAAAAAAGUGAGUGAGAGAUGGAGAAAGAAAGACAGAAUAUAACCCUAUUAAUCACUAUGAAGGGUACUAAAUCCCCCUUUCCUCUCUCUCUUUCUUUCUCUCUGUUCCUCCUUUCUUUCUUACACAGAGUUCCGAAAUGGAACCUGAUGAUAGUGGGGGGUCUUGCACCCAGAAACAGAAGAUUUCCUUUCUUGAGAAUAACCUGGACCAGCUUACAAAGGUUCACAAACAGGUGAGAGCCUCACAGGAUAGUUGUGUUGUCUGACUUGUUUUGAUGAAGUAAAACCUUACUGAUCACACUAGAAACCUCUCUCCUGCUCUAAGUGUGAACCCAUGCCAUGAUCCUACAUCACAAACUAGCAUCGUCCCUUUCCCCCUUGCACAGUCAACUCUCUACCCUUCCCACUGGGCACAGAUGUCAAUUCAACGUCUGUUCCACGUUGGUUCAAUGUCACUUAGUUGGAAUGACGAGGAAACAACGUUGAUUCAACCAGUGUGUGCCCAGUGGGUUUGCUCCUCUUGGCUCUGUUCCACUCACUCCUUUUUCACCUCUUGUCCUUGUGCUGUUUUGUGUGUGUGGGCAUGGAUGUGGGUUUGUGUGUGUGUGUGUCUUUGUGUGUUUGUUUCAUGGGUUUCUGUUGUUCUUGUUAUUGUUGUUGUGUGUGUUGAGAGCACUCCCUGCAGGUGAUGGAGUGUUACCGACAGGUACAGGCCCUCGCUUCUCCUUCGCCUCCAUCUCUCAGCAGUCCUUGCAUCCCUUUUUCUUCUGUAUAUUUUCAACCUCCAAUUUCCCUCUACUUUGGGCACUAUCCUAUCACUAUCUAAAGGGACGCAAAUGGCUGGAUGCUUCCUUAACACUCAUUCUUUGCAUGCAAUUAUUUUAGUGAAUCUGAGAGAUGUUUGAAAGAGAGAGAGUUUGAAAGAGAAAAAGAGUGAGUCUUAUGUGAAUGUGUGUGUUUGUUUGAUGCAAUACUCACAAAGAUGUUGUCAUGUGUUAUCUGACUGGUUUUGAGCUGUUUUAGUCUGGCAUGAACCAAAAGAGGAGGAAAUGUUUCACAGUAUAUUUACCUUUGAAUGAUAUCAUGAUUUUAUGCUAAGGAAAAGAGAGAAGAAACAUUUAAAUUCAAAAUACUUCUGUGAUACAAGAUAUUCAGGGGACACAAUAAUAUUGAAAGAAAACUUGCUCAUGUGGGUAAAUUUAGCAUUUGGGGAGUCAUAAACGCAUAGUUUUAUGCCAAGCUCAGUCUCCUCUCCUUCCCUGUUGUUAAUGCAAUCUCUCUUUCCCCUUAUUACCCAGUCUCAUCCCACCCCUCUCUUACAUUAUCAACUCCCGAUCAAUCAAUAUUCCCGGCUAGAAAUCUCUCUUCCCUUGUGUCACUCUUAUUUAUUUUCUCUCUUCCUCUCUCUUCUCUCGCCCUCUCUCUCUCUCUGUAUUUAUCUGUAGCUGGUUCGUGACAAUGCAGAUCUGCGUUGUGAGCUUCCAAAGUUGGAGAAACGUCUUCGGUCUACUGCUGAGAGAGUUAAGGCCCUGGAGACGGCACUGAGGGACGCCAAGGAGGGUGCCAUGAUCGACAGGCGUCGCUACCAGCAGGAAGUGGACCGCAUCAAAGACGCCAUGAGAGCCAAGAACACUCUGAGACGCCCCCAUGCUGCACAGAUCGGUAGGGCAACCACAGCAAAUACAGUUCAACUGUGAUGAUGUGUUAUCUGUUUGUGGAUGGAGAGCUUCAUAGACAGUCAUUGAUAAAUAUAAUAAAUUGUUGGAAUGACACAGAACAUUUUGAAGAUAAGAUAGGUGCUUAGACAUGGGUCAAAUAUAGCUAUUUGAAAUAACAGGUGGUAUAUAAAAAUAUUAAAAAUAACAAUUUACCUCUGUAUUGUAAUAUUGAUUGGCCUCUGUGUUACUGUCAUCCUGCAGCCAAACCAGUGCGACCGAAGCAGCUGCCAGUGUGCUCUCCUACCAACCCGUUCUACACACAUGUCAGUGAGCCAGCCAACACCUACAGUAAUGCCCUGUUCCAGAGCGCCAUCACAGAACAGACCACCGUACCUAACUCUCAGCUCAGCUCCAUCCAGACAAACAUGUGAGUUCCAUCUCACACACUCAUAUUUAUAUAGAUCAAUACUUUAAAUAAAUGUAGCUUUGAAUAGUUUACUUGUAUUGAUGUGUUAUUAGAUAGACUUAGGAGUGACUGUGUUCUAUUGUCUAUUUUGAGCAGAGUGUCCACAGCACUGGGCUACAGAGCAGUCAACCCCACAGACAUGCUGGAGUCCUACCCACUCAACAUAGACAGGAAUAACGGUGAGUCCCAGAGCCAUUCAGUUCACCCAUCACCCACACCAACAGUUCUGGUUUUUACUGUAUAUUUCAUUUUACAGUGGCUAAAAAAGCUUGUAAUUAAGUAAUUGAUUGUCAGAAAAAAAAUUAUAUACACACUAAUUCUCACUAUUCCCUGUUAUAUUCAUGAACAGGAAACACCGUAGACAUCAAUGACAACAGGUAAGCAUAUCAGCGCCUCAAUUGUGCAUUACAAAGAAACUAAUAUUACUACCACUUCUAACUCUGUUACUCUAUUACCAGUGGUGUAGAGUACUAAAGUAAAAAUACUUUAAAGUACUACUUAAGUAGUUUUUUGGCGUGUCAGUACUUUACUUUACUAUUUAUAUUUUUGACAACUUUUACUUUUACUUCACUACAUUCCUAAAGAAAAUAAUGUACUUUUUACUCCAUAGAUUUUACUUGACACCCAAAAGUACUCGUUACAUUUUGAAUGCUUAGCAGGACAGGAAAAUGGUCCAAUUCACGCACUUAUCAAGACAACACAUGGUCAUCCCUUCUGCCUCUGAUCUGGCGGACUCACUAAACACAAAUGCAUCUUUUGUAAAUGAUGUCUGAGUGUUGGAAUGUGCCCCUGGCUAUCCAUACAUUUUAAAAACAAGAAAAUGGUGCCGCCUGCUUUGCUUAAUAGAAGGAAUUUGAAAUGAUUUAUACUUUUACUUUUACUUUUGAUACUUAAGUAUAUUUAGAACCAAAUACUUAGACUUUUACUCAAGGAGUAUUUUACUGGGUGACUUUUACUUUCACUUGAGUAACUUUCUAUUAAGGUAUCUAUACUUUUACUCAAGUAUGACAAUUGGGUACUUUUUCCACCACUGUCUAUUACUACUACUACUACCAGUGCUACUUCUCCCACACUACAGUACUGAAUAGUGUAGUGUGUGUCUGCAGGAGUGAUGGGCACUGUAGCAGUGAGGUGGAGGACCCAGGCAGACUGUACAUCAUUCAGCAGGAGACUGCUGCAAGUUAAUGCCAUGGUAACUAACACGUACUCACACAGGCGCACACACACACAUUAACUCUCUCAUCACAUGCAUUGUUUACAUUCACAACAAAUGAUGUAAUCAAUAUACAUGUUGAAGGGUGAAUUACUACUCCCCGUUUAAAACGCAUCUCCUAAUGACCUAUUUCCUUUUCUUUCCACAGAUGACCAAAUACUGUAUUCAGGACCGCUCCCAUAUAUUUGCAUGCAGCCGUCAAGCUUCCCUCCCCCUGCACCCAUACAUGGCCACUGAUUCCCCCCUGUAGUCCAAAGCUCAGCCCCAUGCUCCCAAUGGCGACCACCCUCACGCUCCUGUGAUUAGAUAUACUCCUGUAGAGGUAUACUCCUGUAGAGGUAUUGACCAGCACUGUUUCUGUGUAUGUACAGUUCCACUUUACUCGACAGUGGCAUCAUAAUGCUGACCUAUAGCACCGUCAUAACCAUGCCCUGGCACCUCUCCUAUAAGACGUUAUGCCAGCUUACAACAAAGGAUCUCACUCUGCAUGUUGCCCAGCUAGCUGAGUAGCCAACCUAAAUCUGUGCAUGUUUCAUGACAGUGUUACUCAAUUUGCUAUAAACUGUCAUGAACCACCACGGUGGUAUUGACAGAUGUCAUGUAGAGUUUAUGAUGCUGUUGUGUUAGCUGUAUGAUGUCAUUGUCCAGUCAGUACUGAGGCAUGUGUAACUCAGCCAUGCCCUAUGCCCUUUAGAGUCUAACCCAGCCUUAAUAAUAAUGACAACUGAUUUCACAUGAUCAUAACAUGCAGUCAUGUGUGUACAUAUAUAGAAGUACAGUAUCUGUGUAUUUACUACCUCUAGAUCUACUGAUACAACUUAUCAACUUAUAUAAUUAUUUCCAAACUAAUUCCAAUAUGUUGUUAUAUUAGUGGAUUGUAAGGCAGUGAAGGGAGCUGUUAUGUCCUGUCAACUGAUUUGUUUGUACAAAGUUUCCUCCUCCUUAACGUCAUGAAGUAAGGUAUGAGGUUAUUGAUGAGAUAGUCACAUCUCUAUGUUAAAAUGGUGCCCCUUCUACCUGCGCUGUGUAAUCUGUUAUAGGGCACAACAUCAUGCCAAACAUUUCUCAACCCCUAUAAAAACAAUGAAGUUAUUCAAUAUACCACAAAACACCAUCUGGAUGUGUUUUUAAACUGUUUCCAACUGAGCUUCCACCAGUAUGGGGUUUGAAAGCAUUUUAUUUUAUUGUAACAGUGGCAUGUAAGUAAUGGCAGCUGACUAAUGAGAGCUUUACAUGGUUCUGUGCUCUGCUGUGUUUUCUCAGUCAGAAUCCUGAUCAGCCAAUCAGGACAGAGAAAACCAGCAGCUUCUGGAGCUGUGAUUGGGAGAUCAAGGUCUUUUGACAAGUACUGUACUGUAUAG